CUUCAGCCAAAACACAACAUGGCGGCUAGGAAACAUUGACAGAGAAACUCGGAAGUCUGGAUAAUGCUCGCAGAUGGGAUUUAUAGUUCGUCCCUCGCUCCUGGUUAAAAGAUGGAACUAUUCCAAGCUCAGGACAACUUCAUCAUUCUAAAUGGACCUGAUAGUUUGUGGUGUAACAGGCUUGACGGCCGCCUUCAGCCACGCUUUGGUAAGGCCUCGUUUUGUCUGUCGACCGGUGUUUGGGCGAAACCUUUCCAUGAUCGAUUGUUACUCGGUGUACCAAAUACAAAAGUAAUGUGAGUUUUAUUUACCACAGGAGUUGAUUUGGGUGAGGCCUGGUCAUUGAAAUGCCGUGGAAUUGUGUAUGGGGUCAUUGGCAAAAUACAAUUUUUCCCAGGUAAAUCUUUCAUAAGGAUUAAGCUAUAUUCAUGUACAGCGCAUCCAUAUGCGUGUGGAGAAAAUUAGUUCAACUUUUUAAAAUUUCAUUAACUUUACUUUUAAGAUACGGCUAAUACUAAUAUUUCACCGGUUUUUUGUUGUUUCUUGUGUCGAUCUUGGACGAUCUACUAGUGAUAAGGUGGAGCAAGCAUUUAGUACAAAUUACCGGUUGGAUUGAAAUUGCCGGUAAAAUAUUUUCCGGCCUAAAAAGCUUACAUCAUAUAUUUUUACAUCAAAAUUUUUCUUUAUCGUUAUUUUAAUUAUUAUUGUUUCAGCGCUACAAUGAUUUAUUUACCUUAAUGCAACUUUGCUGAAGUAGACAACUCCAGAAGGAGUUAUGCUAAAUAGUAGUUUUUUUUUUCUGCUCACAAUCAAUUUGUUAGGAAGCUCAUUGAUCAUCACAGAAGACUAACAAAGCGUAGUGUUUAUUUACAAACGGUUUUUGGAAAUUCUAUUAAGAUGAACACAUAUAAUUCGAUAUUUAGUCGAAUUCUCUGCUUUUUCAAGUGUGUAGGAAAUCGAAGUUGUUUGGUUUCUGAAAUGAUUCCAUAUUUAUGAACUGCAAAUCGAGAACUUGUUGGGAUGCCAUUCGAUUCGUGAUUCAAAUAAUAAUUCGCCAUCUAUUCGUGCAUUUACUUUUUCCGGCGUUUGCACUCAAAGUAUUUUGUGAGGUUUUCUUCAGAAGAUUGUGAAAAUGCUUUCUUUGAUCAUUAUUUCUGUCAAACGAGGCUUGAUUGUUUUUUUUUUAUUUUUAAGCCUAGAUGUGAGCUGCACGCAUAUGUUCUGUUACACCGGAAUUUCCAGACGCCAGAUGUUGAUUUUUAUUUUACGCAAAGGCUAACACGAACGAAUAAAAUCGUAAAGUCUUAUUAGAUUCAGCAGCUUUCAAUUUUAUUCCAUUUGCUGAACAUUGACUUUUCUUUAUGUUUGAAAUUUUUUUAUAAAACAUCCAGAAAUUUACUAGAUUUAGUCGAAUUACAUAAUAUGUUAUUUUCUGGGAAAAGUACUGGUACAUUUCAAUGAAGAUUGUUGUGUGACCGAUUAUCAUUUGAUUUUUAUAUGUUUGGUCAUCCUUUCCUUAUUGAUUGUGAAACAUUCACAAAAAACACAUAUCUUAAUAUUACAUCGAAAUUCAAAGCAUAUAAAAUAUAAAUGAAUGGAAUGUACCCAGUUUAUCUAUGUGUCUCACUCCUCAACCACCACUAAUAAUUUUUUUUUUGGCAAUUCACACUGAGCAUGUCAGACUUUUAAUGAUGUGUUUCUUAGUACUUACCUGAUGGGAAUUUCUCUUUUAUUUCUUGACAUGCGAACUCUAAAAAUUACAGACUUUGGAUUGUUAAAGGUUUCAUUAGCACACAUGACUACAUCUUCAUGGAUUAGAUGAGGCAUAAUUAAUUAAUUUCUGUCAUUACCUUGGUUAUCUUUGUUUUCUCUUUUCUUUAUUUUCCUCCCUUUUUGUGCAGUGCAUUUGAAAUAUUUAAAUUAUCUAAUGGUGGUUACAGAGUGCUGAACUCCGUUUGAUGCGAUAACCUAUAAAAUCCACCAUAUAUAAUUAAUAUCGCCACCUAAAAUCCCUCAGGUGACUUGAAAAUUUAUCAAGUCACUUCAUGCUUUUAACAUCAGGAGAAUAGGCUUGAGUAAGUGAGAUCUCCUGCAUCUGAUGCCGACUUAACCAUUUUGGUUGUUCACUGGAGUCCUUUCACAUCUAUCUAACAUGACAAUGAAAUCAUGGGCUUGAAAAUGUUUCUAUUCCCUGGAACACACUCUUUCACGUGUACUGUUCACUGUCAUUUGCACAUCAAUGUUUUAUGGUGAGAUAUUUUUCCUGAUGCCAGUAAUUGUAUCUGUACUAUACUAUGCUUCUAUACCGCAUCAUUUUUUCCUUGUGCAAUUUGGUAAAUACAGCAUUUAACCUUUUAAUGCCCAAGAUCUCAUUGGUGAUUCUCCUUACUGUCUGCCAUACAAUUCUUAUGAUGCUAGUUCUGAGAAUUUGGUACUGGAUCAACUAGAAAAUCCUCAAACUUAUAUUUUUUUUAUUCUCAUUAUCUGUCUGAUUGAUAUUGAUAUUGAUUGAUAUUGUUGCAUAUUAACUCCACCCACGCUCCUUUAAAUCGUGACGAUGGCGGUUUGCUUCCUGACGCCAAUUUACACCUCGUCAGAAAAAAGGCCGCUAAUUAGUGAUCAUAUAAAAGGACCUCUUGUUGCAGUGUUUAGAUCACCCCUGAUGUGGCACUAGACAGGAGUGUUGAAACGUUGGGUCUAUGAAUCGUAACUUCUUUGGUUACAUUCAUUAAAUCUGCAAACCAGAGUAGCAUCAAACUAUGUCUGAUAUUGUUCUGAUAUUGUAAGGAGAAAUUCUGUUUUGGUCACUCAUGGGAGUUAAAGGGUUAAACCCUAAGACUUCAUGCUCAAAACUGUUUCCAGUACUGUGUCAUUACCAUGUUCUCAAAAUUAAAGAAAGAAUAUUAAGUUUCCAAUUAAUGUAUUCAGCCUUAUUGAUCAAAAUUCAAGUUAAAUGUGUUUAUCUUGCUUUGAUGGUCUUUAAGCAUGGAAUAUUGAAUGACUGUUUGCCAUGAGAUUUGAAAUCCUAGGACUCAGCAUUGAAUUUACUGUGCUGUGACUUUAGCAGGAUGUUGAUAUCAUUAACUAUGUUUACUUUGGACUGAGUAUUUCAUUUUGUGGUUUUGCAAUUACACACUUGUACAUACAUGUACAUGUCCCCAGUGCUGCAAGUCACUUGAAACUGCGAGGCUGUUUUGGAUUAAGGGUCUGUUGUUGUCAUUUUUCUCCUCUUUAACCCUUUAACUCCCAUGAGUGACCAAGAAAGAAUUUCUCCUUACAAUAUCAAUACAAUAUCAACCAGAUAAGUGAUAAGAAUAAAGAAAAAUAUCAAUGUUGGGAUAAUUAGUUGAUCCAAUACUAAAUUCUCUGAACUAACAUUAUAGGAAUUAUACCAUUGACAGUGAGGAGAAUUACAAAUUUGAUCUGGGAGUGAGAGGGUUAAAGUUAGUAAAUUAAAUCUUAACAGUGAGCAAUAAGAUGCUCUAUAUACUGUUUUAGAAGGCUAGUACUAAAGAUUUAAUGAAACCCUGUUUUAUUUGCCUUUUGCUGGGGUUUUACUUAUAAGUACAUUUUCCUUUUCAUCAGCUAUGUGCUGUGUCAAUAAUUUAUUGUCAUUUCUUUUACAUUUGUUACCAGUUGAAUAUGCAAUGUCAAUCAGUUUGUUGUGGUGGGGUUGAAGUUGGUUGAAUUCGUUGAACAAUUAUAAAUUCAUAAUAAUUAUGCUAGAUUGAUAUUUUAAAGAGUUUUUUUAACCCUUUAACUCCCAAGAUCUGCUUAUUAAUUCUCAGCUCUAGCUACAACACAGUCAUUUCCUUUUGAAUAAGUUACAAGAAUUUGGUGUUCAAUCAAGAUAACAACUUCUACCUGAUACAUUUGAAUAUUCUCAUUACCAAUUUGCUGGAUAGUACAUGGAUAUUGUAGGGAGAAGUUAUUUGUUAAUCACAUCUGGGAGUUAAAGGGUUAAGUGCACUGACUUUAAACUACACAAGAAAAAUGUAACAUCUCACCCUGAUUACUGUCGAGAGAGUUGAAAUUCUUAAAUGUUCUGCUAAUACAUGUACACCUGUAUUUCAAGCUCUAAUUUACAUUGAAUAUGGUAUUUCAUACAAAUGGCUGAUAUUCUGCAGUUGAUAUUUCAACUUGUAAUCCCUGGAAACAGGUUGCAAGGAUAAUAUCUGAUUGUCAUAAAGUUUUUCCUUUCAAGUUUGCAUAUUUACUAUUGAAGAGAGAUACAAAAGCACGUACUACCAACAACCAUAUUGCAGGCUGGUCAGCUUCUUGUCCAAAUUGAAUUUGAAACCAGUUACAUAUUGAUGUGACAUAAUUUUUUGGUGAUUUAUGCAGAAUGUUGGUUAAACAUUGGGGUAGUAUUGGAUAAAUUUUAUUUGCUCUUAAUUUCUUGCCUUCUGCAUGUCUUUUUUCUUAGUAUCUGCCCUAAUUAAUCUGUUUUAUUUCAUGGCAUCAGGUGCUGAUUGGAGACUGAUAGUGAUAUCAAAGCAAACACAUGUUGGUAACUUACCAGGGGGUCAUGAAGUUUACAGAAUUGACAGGAUCGCAGCACUGACGUUAUCUUCCAGUGAAUCACCAGAAUUUGAUCUUGAUGUAAGCACUACAGCAUAUAAAUUUUUCAAUACAUAGUGUUCAUGUUUAAAAAAUAUUGAAGGUGGUUGUGUUCAUUUCAGUGACUCUGUAUCAUUUUGUUUUGGAUUGGUUCAUGUACCAUUGGGUGCUCUCCACUGACAAUUUUCAAGUAUUUGAGAUUCUUGUACUGUAGUACAUGUAUGUUCAGGGAGAUAGAUGGCCAUUACUCUUAUUAAUUUAUUUAUUCAUUUAACCCUUAAAUCCCUAGCAGUGAUUAGUAUCCAAGUUCUCCUCACAAUAUCACCCUUGAAUGAAACAUUAAGGUUCAUGAGUAUAAGUGAAACGAUCUCUGUCUAAAAUACCUCUUAAUUGAUUAAUAGAUUCUUCUUGUCAACAACUAAGGAAAUGUUUAGAAAACAGUUUGGAGACUUGAACCUUUAACCUGUAAAAAUGACUUGUAUCUAAUUUCUCCUUACAAAUUAUAUCACCACUGAAUCAUGCAUUGUCAUGAGAAUAAAGGAAAUGAUCAUCAACCAAAGAAACUCUUGAUUGUUAGACAAAUUCUCCUUGUCAGUUCCUUAGUAAAUAUAGAGAGAACAGUAUGGAGAAUAUGAAUUCCGAUGUUAGGGUGUGAAGGAUUAAUAUUGGUUGACCUCGCUUUUUAAUGGUACAAAAAUAAAGGAUGUGUUCAACUGAAAAAUGUUUUGGUAAAAGUGUACAUUAGUAAAAUUAUCAUACAUCUGUGCAUUUAUAAAAGACUGCAAUUGCAGAAUUGUAAAUUUUACUGUGAUGCUUGGCAAGAUAAUAACUACCCCUAAAUGACAAACAAAAAACAAAAAAACAAGCAAACAGACAGACAUCUUUAAUAAAAUGAUUGAAUAUUGCCAGUCAAUUAGCAACUACAUGUACUUUGUAUUCUCAAGCUUUAGUUGGUAAAGUUUCAUGUUGAUUUUUGUACAUUAUGUUUGUGUAAUCUUGCUUCUUGCACAUUAUGUAAGUACAUUAAGGAAUCUUUUAUUUAUUACAGUUCUUUAUUCUAUGUUAUUGUAGCCUUGUGAACAACAUCAAAGUGGUGGCCGGGCGCGGAAAAUAAUAGGUGUUGGAGGAGGACUGGCAGGAACAGAAAAAGGACUGGGACAAACAUGGAACAAACUGAAAACUGCAGCUUCAACUUUGAAAGAAAAGGUAAAAAGGCUGUGUGGUCAAAUGUUUUUUCAAAGUUAACAAAAAAAUGAAUAAAUGCAUUUAGAUUAUAACAGGUCUGGUAAAUAAAUGAAGAAAAGAAUAUACAUGUACUGUAUUUUCUGUAUUCCUUCAUUUAAAAGCCUUUUUAGGAAAAUUUUUGCAUUCUUUUAGGAGCAUCCAAUAAUCAUAUUCUAGACAAAAAGAAUUUGACUGAAUUUUCUUUUAAAGCUUUCAGAUCUGAAAUCAGAUAGCACCCUUUAACUCCCAGAUCAAAAUUUUAAUUCUCCUUAGUGUCAGCCAUACAAUCCUUACAAUAUUAGCUCCGGGAAUUUAGUAUUGGAUCAACUACACCGUAAUUAUCCUCAAAUUUAUAUUUUCUUUAUUCUCAUCACUUAUCUGGUUGAUAUUUUACUGAUAUUGUAAGGAGAAAUUCUGUCUUGGUCACUCUUGAGGGUUAAAGGGGUAAUCUUGUUUUAACAACUCAGCUAAGGUGUUUAUAGGCUCUCACGCUGGCUUAGUCACAUGAUUUGAUGAAGUAUGAUGUGAGCUGUACAGUGCAUUUCAAUUUUUUUUUUCUGUUUGGGUGUAAAUAUUUUUCAUUCUUAAUUAUUUUUUUUUAUCUCUGUGUGCUUAAGGGUUUGAUAUAAAAUUUAAAAAAAUAUAUGCUAGGCAAAAAGAAAUAAAACUCACAAUGAUGUGAAAAAUUUAAAAAAUGAAACAAUUUGAGCCUGACUCGUAACAUACAUGUACAGUACAAUUGUAACCUAAGAUAGACUUUUCACUUAUAGAUAACUCAAUACAUGAACAUGUGCAUAUUUCUUAUGAUUAGUUGUCUGUCAAAUUUUAUUUACAGAACAUCAAAGACAGGGACUUGAAAGACAAAGAGAAGUUAGAAAGAAGAUUUGUUGAGGUAAGCAAUUGUUGUGAGGAGUCAUUAUUAGGUUAUUCUCCAAUUGUAUAUGCAUUCAGUUGCUGCUGAAAUAAAAGUGCAUAAUAAACUGAAUAUCUUUUAAAAGAACAACUAACAAAUUAAAACAAAAAGCAGAGCAAAGUACAGCAUAGCUGACAAAGUGAUAGACUUGACAAUGGAAUGAUAGUUGAAAAAAAAUUAAUGUGCAAACUUGUGAAGUGUGAAGUGCAGUUAAGUUUUGCUGGUACAUCUUAGAAACAACACGUGGGACAGACAACAUUAAUGAUUAUAUUAUAUUUAUUUGGAUUACACUGCAUUGUAUACAAUAGUUACACAAUGAUGCAUUAUUUUUAACUCAAACCAUGCAUAGCAAAAUUCUUGAAUGUGGCUGGUCAUCAGCAGCCAAAUUUGGGUGCCAACGGGAUAGUGAGUGUAUUAAAGCUAGCCUUAAGGACAGUGCAGUGUCUAAGAGUUUUGAGUAUAUUUUCUUGACAAGCAAAAGUGAUUGGUGGCGAUAAGUUUAAUUUGUGGGUUUGAUGUGUUGAUCAACUGGUUACAUGACUUUCUGUUAUCAAAUUCUGUCUGCAAUCACUCACCUGGUAAACAAAAUUGAUUCUUGCUUCUUGGUUAUCCAAUUUUGUCUAUCACUGGUUGUCAGAAGGGGUUAUGAACAAGGGUUAAAAUACUGAUGUGUGCUUAAAUACGUGGAGGCACUUUAAAGAAUAAUAUGUAACAUUGUAGACAUACUUUCCCUCGGGUAUCUUUUAUUGAGUUUGCUUUUGUUAAGAUAAAAUUGUUUUUCAUCAUUAUUAGGGUCAGUUUGGUCCUUUUUUUUUUUCCUUUCUUGUCAAAUUAGUUGGGUGAACAAUUGGCGUGGUGCGGCUGUACAAUUUAAUGCACUCCACUUGGUUUCAUGGAAAUUUUUACACAGUGUUGCUGUUACAUGUCAAUUAAAUGAAAUAAUUUUCUUGUCGUCCAGGAGCUGCAGAAGAUGUUCAAUGACUCUGACUCCUUCUUUUACUCACCAACUGGGGACCUGACCAACACCUUACAGAGACAGUUCAGUGGAAAGUACAAUGCGGCUGAUCCAGUUUGGAAGAGGGUAAGCAAUGUACACUCCUGUACAUGCACCCCUAUACGUGCUAAAUUUAUAAAUGGAUUGGUUAUAACUGCAAAACAUGGUGUUCUUUGAGCAUGUACAUAUCAGAGAAUUCUGGUGCUGCUACAGUACCUGAAGUUCUCAGACUAAAUGUUGAUGGCAUGACCUGCAGUUUAUAUUUGAUUCACACAAGGUGCAGUUAACAGUGUGUGGCUCAUUCUUUAGAUACAGUACACCAUUCUCUUGCUUUUAUCUCUCAUCCUGAAUGCAAAUUGUGUGGACCAUUUUUCUCAAGUAGGAGGCCAGUUUUUUUGGCCCUCUGCCUCAUUUUUACCUAUACUCCAUGUACACUCAUCAAUGUUUUCAUGUAAGUGCAUGAAGAAAGCUCUUUUUGAAUUGAUUGAUAAUGAAUAAACAGCAUAAGUUUAGUGUAUUCCUAAACUGUAAAGUCCUUAGCUGAGUGACUGCAUCCAUUACAUUUGUUUAAUUUUGCUAUCAUUAGUGAUUUUUAUAUGGGAGAUGAUUUUUUUGUAUCUUUUUUUUUUUUUAAUGUAUAUUUUGUUAAUAUUCAGUUUGACAAGAGGUUUUUCUGGAACCACUUUAUGGUAAAAGAACUUUUGACCAGUGAGGUGAGUAACAGUGUGUAGAGGCAAUGUAGUUUGUUUUACCUAUUUUGUAUUUAUUUAUUCAUUUAUUUAUUUGUUUUAUGGCACAUGUGUGGUAUAACUAUUAUGUUUGCUAUAUCUCAGACAUUCAUUCUUGAUUGGGCAUGCAUCAGUGAGACAGAAGCCUUUGUUGUACAUCUCUAAUAAGCCACACUGCUCUCAGGGCUGCCAUCAUAACUAAAAGCUGUGUUUAUCUUUUGAAUUACACAUCCAUCUUUGCAUAACUGAUUACAGUAUUCUUAGUGCAUCUAUUGAUGAUGAGAGAAACUUGAGAUAAGGUCUGUAGUGAAGGCGUUAUUCACUGACGUCGGCUUUUCACUGAUGGAAUGUUCUUCUCUUUUUGUACAGGAUCCUCUUGCCAGUAAGUGGGCGACCCCAAUAAUCCAAGGCUACUGUAAGAUAGAGCACUGUAUAAACACCUUCCAAGAUGAGGAUGCUGAUGAAAAUGACGAGAAGAAAACAGCGCCUUUCCCGCCAGAGGAGUUCCAGCUGGUACUGAUAUCCAGGAGGAGUAUUCAUCGAGCUGGUAAGGUCUUGUAUGCAUAGCUAUGUUAGCUGUGAGCAGCAUACACAUAUCAGUAACAUAUCAAUAUCACAUUAGCAUGUACAUGUAUGUACACCUUUGUGCAUUUGAGAUGUGCACGCUGUUACACUCCAAAGAGAAUGAUUCGUCUUGUUGUUUGUUGUGAGACAAGAGUCUCGUCUCAAGAGACAAGUGUCGUGUCGUUAUGACUAGAUGACAACAAUUUACCUCGUGAGAAUCACCGAGGUCACCAGUUUCAAUUUACGUGUUCCUUUAAAUGUAUCUCCUCGUUUACCUCUGAAAAAUCAUUUUACGAAGGGGAGGCUAGAGUCCGACUCCGCAAUAUAAAAAAAAAAACCCCAAAGACUCGACUCCGAAAAAGCAACAACAAGAGUACACAAAGUGUUAAUCUCCGUUGCCAAGAUUAAAGACUGUGGACGUGAUUGGCUUGAGUCAAACUUCAAUAAUUUCCCAAAGUGGUUAUUAAUCAUUUUUGUGCAAAAGUAUUAAGUAAAGUUAGAUGAUAUACCUGGUAAAUAUGAAACACAUAUAUUAGAACACUGUCCAACUGCCAUGUUCCCGGCAUUAAUUUUGAACAUGUAAUUUAAGUGUGUUAACCCUUUCCUAAUGAUAAAAGACGAAAUUCUCAAGACUGGGCGAUUAGUAAUGUGUCAGCUUUGAAACUCUUUACGAUGACCAAUUUACGUUAUCAACUCAGUUGAUGAUACUAAAUUACCCUGUGUCGUUAUUAGCUCAGUUUACGAUUCUAAAUUACCCUGUAUCAGUUGGGAGAAUUAACCUCAGAUCUUGUAAGUGGAAGAGUUCUAUCACUUAGUGAUUUAAGGUGGAACCAAAGCAAUCCCAGAGUACUUCCGACAGUCAAGUGAAAAUUGCUUUGAGUGCAAACCACUUUUGUCACUGAUUCUACUUCUGCGCUUUUUUUUCGUUCCAGGGACUCGUUACAGGAGACGUGGUGUGGAUGAUAAUGGAGAUGUUGCAAAUUUUGUCGAAACAGAACAGGUUUGAGAAUUAUACGCUUAUCGGCCCGUCACGUUGUCCAACUGUGUCGAUUACAUAGCUUUGUCAAAUGUAUAUUUUCUAGCUCUUCACAGUCUUAGAAUGUUAUUGUUUUUUUUUUUUCUUUUUUUUUUUUUUUUCUGACGUAGCGUUUUUGUUCUACAGAUAAUUUGCACUUCAACCCACAAUGUAUCAUUUGCACAAGUGAGGGGCUCUGUACCCGUGUACUGGAGUCAACCGGGUUACAAAUACCGACCACCACCAAGACUAGACAGAGGUAAACAGGAGAAACUUAUGGUGUUGAAUCGCAAAGACACUCGAGACGGGCAUGUACACGCGUAGAAUUGGAAAAAAAAAUUAUGAAGUUAUUUUCGUCAGGGUGCAGUCACUUCCGGUGUCAAUUGAAACGCUUCGGGUGUACACUUGUAGUCUUCAUAGAAUAAUGAGGUGAACUAAUCGUAGCAGAGUGUAGUGCUUCUAACGAGACUUCCAUCAUUUAUCCGGUUUCGAGCAGGGAUAUGUUUCAAGUAAAGAAAAACCUUUAAAACGGGACUGUUUUUCGCUGUGUUGUUAAAAUGUUUCCAAAUCGGCGUUUUGGUGGCAAAAUUGUUCCCACAAGUGAUUGAAAUAAAAAUGUCUCGACUCUACUUGGGACUCGUGUGAAAAUUUUAAUUUAUUAUUUGACUUCUUAAGGGACAUUACAAUAAAACGUCAACUACUCUCUCUUUAUUGAAACCUUUUUAGGCGGCCUCUUCGAUUAAAAUUUGUACACAACACCAUGCCCUGACCAUAGCUGUCAACACAGUAGUCUUUUGUUUCGUUUUUUCGUUUGUUUAAUAUAUGGACAUCCUUCUACCACGCAGAUGAAGUGGAGACUCAGUUCGCCUUUAGAAAGCAUUUUGAUCAUCAAUUGGAACUUUAUAAGAGUGUGGUAAGUAGAGCUUUGUAUCUCAACAACAAUUUUCUGGUUCACUUUUAAACAGACCGAAACACUUUAGAUGACCUCUUAUUUGGUCCGUAGCCUGUGGAACAGGUGUCGUUCUCUAUUUCGCAUUUCCCCGACAAUCAAAGGCAAGCGAAAGCUCAAAGAAAGUAGUCUUGUCUUGCCCCUCUCGCUUGCCUGGCCAUGGUCUCCGCUAACCUAAAUAACAUAGAAAAGAAAGCGACGCCUCGUAUGCUGCAUGUGUUUUGUAUUGCUUGUGAGUUAUCGUGCUGUUAUCAAUUAUGUGCUAUUUCCUAUCAGGCGGUUAUAAAUUUAGUGGAUCAAUCAGGAAGGGAAAAGGUAAGAGAGAGUGAUUGUAAAUCACGCUUUGAUUAAAUGAAUAGGUACUUACUCUGAUAAACAUAUUAAAUUGUUGAAUUGAAGAAUAAAUAACUCGUACUGAAGAAAAAAUUAUGAAUUGCAGAGGAAUUAGAUUCCGCCCAGUUUUAAAUUAAGUGAAAUCCUCUGAAGAAGGGCUAACGCUCAAACCGUCAGCUUUAGAAACUCUCUACGGUGGCUAAUUUACAUUAUCAACUCAAUUGUUAAAACCGAAUUAUCUUGUAAUACACCCACAGAAGCGGCACAACAGUUUCUUUCGACAUUUACUGCUUUUUUCCAUUUGAAGACAAAUAAUAUGUUGUUUGUACUUAGUAAAAGAAGCCCUUAAUUUAUUUUUUCUGUGUCACACGUUAUUGCGAGAGGUUUGCUGUGUAACUUAAAUUAUCUCAAUGCUUUCACCAGAUAAUAAGUGAUGUCUUCAUGGACAACAUCUUCGCCUACAACAGUCCUUUCCUCACCUACAUUACUUUUGAUUUUCAUGAGUAUUGGUAAGUUAUUUUGCACUUAAUUCCUUCAUUUCUUUUGUAAAGAACAAAAUUUCCUCACGGGGAAAGAUACUCCAGAAAUCAGAUGACUCUUACUCCCGUCUCAACAAGGUGAUAACUAGAGUUUACUGCCAAGGGCGUUCCGAACUAUCCUUCAAGAUUCGUGCCACAGUGAUGAUUGAAUUUGACAAAAAUUCUGUUGAAGUUAACUUAAAAUGCCUUUCUGCUUUUUAUCGCAGUCGUGGGAUGAAAUUUGAGAACGUGUCAGUUUUGGUGGAGAGCAUUCUAGAAGUUAUCAAGGAAGUGAGAUACUGCUGGUAUGGCAAACGGUUUUUUCAUAACGUCUUCAUUAAUUCUCGAAGAAUUUUAAGCUUUUUUCAUAGUUGAUAUAUGAGUGCUCCUGUGCCCAGUUGGAACACUAUGUAUACCGAGGCAAAUUCACUUACAAGAAUGUUGAUUAAUAUAUUAGAAAAUCUCUAUUGGUGGAAGGCAAAUCAGGGGGCCAUAAAUUUUGCGACGCGCAGUAGAAGGGUUUUUCUUGGAGUGUUCGAGACACAGAUCCAAUUGAGUGGCAGAAAGUCCAAGACCUUCAUAUUUCAAACCCGAUGCCAUUAACCAAGCGGACAUACUUGAAUUAAUCUGGGAUCUCGAGGCCUGUGGUUGAAUUUCAGUUAUAUACACGAUGGCCCUAGUGUACUUAGGGAGAAGAAGAAACCCAUGCAAGUCCAUUUCUGUCGUUGUGUGUCUUGGGCCAAUAGUAAACAGGGAAUGAUAAAGUAACUUACUGGUGAAAAACCGAAGAAGUAUCUUUACCGUUCCUCUCUCCGCCCAUGCACGUUGAAUUGAUGUCAUUAUUGACAAAUUUAUCUGUUUACUUCGGGUAAAAGCAGUUUAUUUCCUCCAUGGUAUGUUUUUUGAAGAUUCUUUGCUCUUGUUUGGAAGGACUGAUGAUAAGGGAAUCAUCUGUGACCAGAGAGGUGUGUUUCGUGUCAACUGUAUGGAUUGUCUCGACCGGACGAAUGUUGUGCAAGCAGCUCUAGCACGGUAUAUAAUGGAACAACAGGUAAGUGGUAAAACAGGUGUACAGGUGUGGCUAGAUUUAGUACUUUGGAAAUGGCUGGUGUUGUAAAAUAAAGGAAACGCUAGCCUCUAGGAAACGAGAUUGUUAAGAGAUGUGGGGUAACCUAUUCUAACUGAACAAUAAUACUUCUUUUCUUCGUUCAAUAAUAAUUCAAUUCCUUCCUUUCCAAUAAUACUUCGUUCCUUCCUUCUUCCCUCCUUUCCUCAGUCCUCUUGGUCCUUCGUUUCUUCGUUCCUCGUCUCUCCCCCUUGGUUCGUCCGUCUGUUACCUGUCUGUCCGUUCAUGUAUCCGUUCGCCCGUCAUCUUGUCUCUUCACCCUUUCGGACGUUACCCCGUCCCUCUGUCCCUCAGUCCCUUUGUCGUUGUUUGUUCAUUUUUUCGUUCUUCCGUUUGUUUGUUGGCCUGUUCGGCCGUUUGUAGUGAACAUAUUUCUUUUCAACUCAGCUGAAAAAGUUGGGCAAACAGCUUCCAGACCAAAUCCUUCCCUCUUCUAUAAGGACGGCUUUUCAGGAGAUGUGGGCCAGUAAUGGAGAUGCAAUCAGUCGACAAUACGCUGGCACUGCGGCAAUGAAGGUAUACUGUUUGUUUUUGUUUGUUUGAUUGUUUGCUUGUUUUUUGCUUUUAUUGGUACAACCGGCAAAAACCGUUCUUGUUGGGGAAGACACAAGAUGCAUGUUUUGCACGCCAAAAAUUAAGAAAUACAAACCAAAUACGAAUGAGUAAGGAAGAAUGGAGAACAUGAAAUUGCAACUGAUUGGAUAUGCCACACUUAAAGGGCCGCUUAUUUACGCGGGGUCUCACCCAAACCGCGGUUUUACGCAAACAGUGGGCAUCAGGGAUUCUCCAUAAGACGGUUGAUAUAAUUAAAUACAAGUCCUUACACAAUUCGCUUUAAUAAAUCUUCAGACCAAAGAUUCGGCUAAAUUGAAGAUGGCUUGGGACAGGGUUUUGUGAAACAACGGCUAUACUUAGUUUGAAUAGUUAACCUUUAAAAGGUUUAUAUCAACAAGCCACGACCAUUGAAGCUCCCUUAACUAUGGUGCAGAGUAAGGACACCCCAUCUUUUUUUCCAUACCUCUAGGGAGACUUCACAAGGACAGGCGAGAGAAGGUUUACUGGUGUAAUGAAAGAUGGAUACAACUCUGCCAACAGGUUUGCUUAACUAGAUUAUUAUAUAUAUCGUUAGCUUACAAUAUGACUGGAAGGAAUGAUCGGGUUUGCGCAAUUUUUAGUGUACUUACAGAAUUGCGAUUCAAAUGUGUCUGUUUUUCCCUUUAGAUACUACCUGAACAGAUUUAAGGCUGCUUAUAGGCAGACCUUAAUUGGUACGUAUUGUAACUCACUCAUCAAUAUUUAGAGAGCAUCCAUAACUCAUAACAGCAUCCAAAGGGACAUCGUGUUACGCUGUCAUGACAUCUGCUUUCUUGUGGAGUCUAGAUUGUUUAUGGGAGUUCCUCUUGCAGAGUUAAUGUUAAAAGUAGGUGGAAAACUGAUCAACACUUGCCAGCAUGGAUUAAAAAAGUUAUGUUUCUUCUCGAUCUCCGCCGAGGAGCGCUGGCAUGUUUUGAGUUUAGAGCUGAGUACUUGUAGAAUUAAAAUUCCGCCUUUUCCUUUAUAUUAACUUUUUUUUUUUAAUUUUAUAAAUCAUUUUUUUAUUCUAAUCCUCAUUUAGAUGUAAUGCUUGGAAACCCAGUCACAGAGGACAUAGCAGCUUUGAUAGCGGCCAUGAACAAAGGACCUGAGGAAGAGCAGUGGACAAUGGAGAGAGAGGAGUGUGUUGCACAGCUGAUACAGCACUGUAACCAGUUACUUCUGACUGAUGAAGAGGAGUGUAUAUCUGGUUGGGCGUUAGUUGAUCCCUUCAACAGGUGAAUGGCAAACUACGGUGACUGAUAAAAGCGUCGACCCUGGAGCAAUUUUGAUUUGAGACUCGAAAAUAAUCGUGGAUUGUGUUCGGUUUUGAGGUGCCUCGUUGUGUACUUGAUGUAAAAAUUUGGACCACUUUCUUUAAAACGCAAAUGUAAAGGUAAAGCUUAUCCAGACUUGGUCACUCGGUUUGUUUGUCUGUUUGUUUGUUUUUGCCUCUUCUUUCUCCUUUUCAUCCUCUAGCUGACAACAUGUCUAUUCUCAUCACCAUUUACAGCUAAGCUGCUUGUCAGUCAGUCUCUCUUGUUAGUAAUAGGAGUUUACAUAAAUAUAUAUAUAUAUGGAAAAUGUUUGUCUAUUUAACUCUUUUUUAAGAUUUUUGAGCAAACUAAGUAUUCCCUUUUUGUCGGUUUUAGCACGGAUAGUGAAGUCACGCAAGAUCAGGACGUCGUUCUUUUACUUACUUGCCACGCCUAUUACGUUGCUAGGUAAGCGCAGUUUUUGCUGUUCGAUUGAUUGUCUUAGAGGAAUGACACGUUCUGAAGGAAGUAAUUCUUCAUUUAUCUUUUUUUCAAUUUGCAGCUAUGACGAUGAAGCCGAGAGAAUAACCCAGUAUGAACGGAUUGUCCUUGAAGACUUAGAAAAGAUCGAGAUUGGUGAGGAAUUUACCCAUUCGCGAACUUACAAUCGGCGACAAAAUUUGUGACACAUUAACCUUUUUCCACUCCCUAUUACUUCCUUUUUCAUCUCUGUUUUCCUUGGUAAGGUAGCCUAUUCACCCCCUCCCCCUCAAAAAUUUGGUGUCUUCUGUCAUCUUUUAGCUUCAAACAGGAAACGUUAAAUGAGGGAAGAGGUUCAUGUCGACUAUUUUGAGCUUGGUACAAACAGUACUCUUAUUUGACACAUAAAGCAAUUGUUUAAAGACAAUGUAUCUGUGUAUGCUAAGAUCACUCUAAAGCUAAAGAUUUUAAGCUAACGUUACAUAAAGUUAAGUACCGAUAAGAACAUCUGAGAACCCUUGCCUCGUGGGCGCUGCUCCGCAACACCUGCCUGAAAAAGUACCAUGACUGUCAUAAAUGUAAGACCAGAAUUUUCUUUACAUCAGAGGGGCUUCCGCUUUAGGCUUUGUUCAUCUUAUAAAAUUACGCUUCACGGCCACUCCGUUAGCUUACAAUCAUUAUUUUAUAGGGUUCGAGGCAGCUGUCAAGUCUAAACACCUUUUCAUUCGAAUACAUCGGCGGCAUCAGGGUACUUCAGGUUACUUUCAUACUCUUCGGACCAUACAGCACCGUACGGCGGAAGACGCCAGAAGUAAGUGAGGUGUUUAAAAUGUAGAAAACAUGGAUUUCUACUUUGCUGUCGCAUUUAAAGAUGACUCCGUUUCCCCUGUUAAUGACAAUACCCUUGACCGUAACGCUCGCUUGCGGCCGUACAAACAUGUUAGCUAAGGGAAAGCGAACACAUGCGUUUGCUACAGCCCCCGCAGCCCCCCCCCCCUCCCCCCUUUCGGUCCAUCUCUUCUGUUCCUGCUCGUCAUGUCAAGUUAGACGCUUUCUCCCUGGCGUAUGACGUACAAAAACCAAUAAACGGCUGCGAAAGAGACUAUCCAAGUCUUUGCCUUGAGGGCACAUCAAACAAAUCAGACUCGAAACAGUCUACAUCUGUAUUUACGCGAGUGAUUAUACCUGUUUUUUUUUCGUUCAGGUGUUUUACUUAGUAUUGCGGACGCAUUUGCCGCGGCACGAGCAUCGUUAGAUCUGGGAUUAAAAGUUACUGAAUGUCGAUUAGACAGGUGAGUCAUUUCCAGUGAUCUCGUUCGAGCCUAUAUGUGAAAAAUCCAUUUCACGUUCGCUCUCAUCUUGCAUUUCGUGUUCCACGUUCGGUGACUCAAACCUUUCGAAGUUGAAGCUCAUCGCCUUUGCGUGCCCAAACUUCGGAACACCAGUCCAGUUGGGUCUAUUUCGUGUCUUCGUUUGUUCUUGACUAUUUUUGUCGAUAUUCAGGAAGAAGACCAAGAUUGCACCCGGUGUGAUUCAAAUUUCGUCCAAGUCUCGCUUAAGUACCUGGUCCAAACCAUACAUCAAGCCGAGAAGUAAAUCAUUUGUUCAUGACAGUAAAGACGACUUUUCCCUCGCUUCCUUUCGCCGUACCAGACUUGGAAGUUUACCUACAUCUUUCUCGGACUCGUGCCUUGCCAAGAGAGGACUAAAUGACGAGGAAGAGUUUAACAUUUCUAGUGCCAGUGCACCGCAGAGCUGUUCCAGCGGCUCGGGGAGUGAGGACGACGAUAAAACGUCUGGAGAAACUGACCCUAUGGAUUAUUAUGACCCAGAGGUCAGUCUUGUUCUAAAUUCUCAAAAAACACGCCAGCCAAUGGGAGGACAAAAAUAUUAUCUUAAAUGGUAAUCUACUCUGCAUGGUGUUAAAAGUUUCAUGCCUGAGGUCUGGCAGCGAAGUUCUUUCUCCCUAUCCCGUUUUUUUUUUUAAUCCUAGAUAACCAGGUAACAGACUACUUUUAUCAUUUUAAUCAUUCCAAUCUUACACAAUGUUGUAUCUCGGUAAGGCCAAAAUGUAUUCCGACUGUAACUUUAUCUCCUGCUUUCAAGCGAUGAAAACAAACUGAAAAAUUAGAAAUACUGGCGUGUACGCUCUUGAUGCAUGAUUAACCAAAUAUGUCGUAGCAAAACCAAAAGAAAAAAGGGAAAUAAAACAAAGCAUAGUAAUUUAACUCUUUUACUUACAGGCUGACGGUUCCUCUCAGAAGGAAGUUGCUGACCCGAAAAUCAAAAGUGAGGUCGCUGAAAGUGAAGCGACGAUAUCGCCGACGAGUGAAAACGGAAGUCACCAAACAGAAAAUGAAGACGAAGACUCAUCGGCUAAAGGGGAAAGAUGUGAAACAGAGGUCUUGAACAAUGAAGACAAAUCAUUAACGGAAGCCACGUUUGUUGUUGGUGACGACACAAAGAACGAAGAAGAAGAAGAUGAGAUAGAAGAAGUAGAAGAAGAAGAAGCGCAGAGAGCUGUAAGGCCAACUAGUCAAGGUGAGGAAGGAGGAAGCGUCUUCACAGAGAAUCCUUUAGCAGGAUUUGACGGUAUCGUCGAGGGAGGAGCGAAAAGUGAGGGGUUUCACCUGACAGAUGUGAAAGGAAAUGAUUUGACUGGUUUAGAAAGGGAGGAAAUAAUCGGUAUAAAAGAUCAGCUUGAUCCAAUUGAACAAGGUGAAAUUACGAACGGUUAUGUAUCACAGGCCAAUGAUGAAGAGAAUGACGAUGCUAAUGCAUCAGCAGUGAUAAGUGAAGGAAGUCAUCCUUUGCAGGAGAAGGAAUAUGAAUCACUUGGACCGAGAACAAAGGAAAUAGCGAGUAGCAAGAACCAAUUGAUUCAAAAUGAGCCAAGUAAACUAACAAAUGAAUCUGAAGAUAAGGGAGAAGACUUUGUAGAACAUGUCAACAGCUCCAAGAAAAGCGUCAUUGGGCGAGAAAAUGUGACUGAGUUAAAACAGGCUAAUGGAGAGGUCCAAGCGGAAGGGUGCGAAGCUAACAUUGAAGGACUCCAAGUCAGCUACCACGGCUCGGGGUCACAGUUAAAAUUCGGCCAUAGCCACUCCAGCGUGGAGUUGGGAAGGAUGGCGUCCACCGAAGGAGAGGGUAAUGGCGAAAAGAGCCCGGAACGAAGGCGCAUCGGGGCUCGGUUUCGGAAUAUUUCAGUUGGAAACCGCGUUCCGAAAAUGAACAUAUUCGCCACUGCGCAGGCGCGAGGGCGGACUCUAAUUCCUGAGCUGCGGAACAAGUUGUCGUCGUUUUCUCAGCAGGUUCGCUCACGGUCACCGCGGCUAAACCCCAAGCCCCGACAGAGCUCAGACAGUGAAUCGAAUAGUAAUAAAAAACAAACAAGAAAGAAAUGCCGCACUCGAAUUAUUGAAUUAUGA